AAAUGCUGAAAGGGGCGAACAAGCGGUCUCUGAAGGUUGUCAGCAAUGCUCGAAUCGGGAUACCUACAAGCCUCAACAAAGAAGGCGAAGCAAUGAUUGAUUUUUCUGGGCUGUUUAAGCAUCUUCAUAAAACGAAAUUUGUCCACCCCUCACAUUGGCUUCCAGGAGCAGCAACGGGAGCAAACGUUACUAAACCAAGCUCCAGUGUUUUGAAACCUGCUGUUACACUUGGCAUCUCAAAAUACUCGGUUCGAUAUGCUCAUAAUGACAUGACAGCACCUGACUUCUCAGCAUACAGAACAACUUCUUCACAGGAUCCCCACUCAACUGAUAGGGGAGAAGGAAGGCGCACUGCGCAAGCUGCUGUGUCUGGAGCUUAUUUGAUGGGACUCGCAAUGAUUGCCAAGAGUAUUGUGCAUCCAAUCGUUCAACAGUGGUCUCCGGCAGCAGACGUUUUGGCACUCGCCCAAAUUGAAAUUAAUAAAGAAGAUGUCGCACCUGGUACGAAUAAAACUUUCAAAUGGCGAGGAAAACCACUGUUUGUGCGGCGAAGAACUGAACAGGAGAUUCAGGCCGCUCAGUCUGUUGAGAUGGGGCAGCUGAAGGACCCAGAAGCUGAUGCAGACCGUGUCAAGGAUCCUGAAUGGUUGGUGGUGCUUGGAGUGUGUACUCACCUGGGUUGUGUCCCGAUAGCAGGUCAGGGCUCUUACGGAGGAUACUACUGUCCCUGUCACGGAUCUCAUUACGACACCUCCGGUCGCAUCAGACAAGGUCCAGCUCCGCUUAACCUCGAAGUACCGGAGCACUCUCACGAGGGUGACAAAUUGAUUGUUGGGUGAAUAAAAUGAAAACACUGGCACGCCCGAAGAUUUAAUCAAUGUACACCGACUAACGAGCAUUGGAUUAAAUUGUAUUUUACUGAAACUACUGACAAAUUACCAUGCCAUCUUGAAGAAUAGUGUGGAUGACUGUAUAAUUUAGAGUUCAACAAUUA